UACAAUGGACAAACUGUUCUGUUAUCUGCUGUUCAUUGGCAUGGCAGUGAGAGCUGAGAUCUGUCCAAAGCGCUGUGCCUGUCAGAAUUUAUCUCCAAACCUUGCAACCCUUUGUGACAAGAAAGGGCUACUAUUUGUCCCACCAAAUAUAAAUCGCAGAACUGUAGAACUACGUUUGGCUGAUAAUUUUGUAACAAGUAUUAAAAGGAAAGAUUUUGCCAAUAUGACCAGUCUAGUUGACCUAACGUUGUCAAGGAAUACAAUAAGUUACAUUACACCUCAUGCAUUUGCUGAUUUACGCAAUUUGAGAGCAUUGCAUUUAAAUAGCAAUCGAUUGACUAGAGUAAUGAAUGAUAUGCUUAGUGGGCUUUUAAACCUUCACCAUCUGAUUCUCAAUAAUAACCAGCUGACAUUAAUUUCAUCUACAGCUUUUGAUGAUGUUUUGGCUCUAGAAGAACUUGAUUUGUCUUAUAAUAAUCUUGAAACUAUACCAUGGGAUGCUGUGGAAAAGAUGGUUAGUUUGCACACGUUAAGUCUGGAUCACAAUAUGAUUGAAUAUAUCCCAAAAGGGACUUUUUCACAUCUUCACAAAUUAAACAGAUUAGAUGUGACAUCAAAUAAGCUUCAAAAGUUACCACCUGAUCCACUGUUUCAGAGAGCUCAGGUGUUAGCGACCUCAGGAAUUAUAAACCCUUCCACAUUUGCAUUGAGCUUUGGUGGGAACCCAUUGCAUUGUAAUUGUGAAUUAUUAUGGCUAAGGCGACUUUUAAGGGAAGAUGAUUUAGAAACAUGUGCUUCACCACCACUUUUAUCUGGUCGUUAUUUCUGGUCAAUCACUGAAGAAGAGUUUUUGUGUGAGUCACCACUUAUUACAAGAUAUACACAAGAACUGAGAGUACUAGAGGGACAAAGAGCAACAUUAAGAUGUAAAGCCCUUGGAGAUCCUGAGCCUGCAAUCCAUUGGAUAUCUCCAGAAGGAAAAUUAAUUUCUAAUGGAACCCGGAUUCUCGUCUACGACAAUGGAACAUUAGACAUUCUUAUUACAACUGUAAAGGACACUGGUUCUUUUGCAUGCAUUGCCUCUAAUCCUGCAGGAGAAACAACAAAAACUGCCAUGCUUCACAUAAUGAAACUCCCUCACUUAGUUAACAGUACAAAUGAUAGCCACGUACAAGUUCCUGGAUCUUCGGAUAUUUCUACUUCCACUAAAUCUGGCUCUAAUGCUAGCAGCAGCAAUGAAGAUACAAAAAUUAACCAAGAUAAAAAAGUAGUAGUGGCAGAAGCAACCUCAUCCACUGUCCUUAUUAAAUUUAACUUUCAGAGAAACAUACCUGGAAUACGUAUGUUUCAAAUACAAUACAAUGGUACAUAUGAUGAUUCCCUUGUUUACAGAAUGAUACCUCCAACAAGCAAGACAUUCCGUGUUAAUAACCUGGCUUCUGGAACUGUGUAUGACUUGUGUGUUUUAGCAAUUUAUGAUGAUGGAAUCACUUCACUGACAGCCACAAGAGUUGUGGGAUGCAUACAGUUUACUACAGAACAAGAUUAUGUCCGCUGUCAUUUUAUGCAGUCUCAAUUUUUGGGAGGUACCAUGAUAAUUAUUAUUGGUGGAAUAAUUGUUGCAUCUGUAUUGGUUUUUAUAAUUAUACUUAUGAUAAGAUAUAAAGUUUGCAACGGUAAUGGAAACCAUAAAGCAACAAAGGUCAGCAAUGUUUAUUCUCAAACUAAUGGUUCCCAAAAUCAAGGAUGCAGUGCUUCAAUGCCACCAUCUGCAUCCAAACAGAUGGUAGUACAUGAUGACAGUGCUCAGUGUUGCAAAGCUUCUAAUGAUAGUGGGGCACAAUCUUCAGACACUUGCUUAAGCCAAGAUGCUCCCACCACUACCUCUGCUUUGCCUCAUACUUGGACUUCAACUAGUUCUGCAUCUUUAAAGCAGAAGAAAAAGACUGUCCUCAAGCCAAGUAUGGAAUCACAGACUGACACAGUUUUAAAUAUGGAGUCCCAAAACACAAAUAGAAAUAAUUCAACGGCCCUUCGGCUUUCUAGUCGUCCUACUGGCUCUUACAAAGAUACUCCUAUGUAUAAAAGAGGGCAAUCAAAGCCAAGUAAAUUUCUUACAUUACCUGCAGAAACAUCUAGAGCAAGGAGAAGAUAUUCCUUGAAUGGUGAAAUAAUGGAAUACCAUUGUUAUGUUAACUCACAAAAUACAGGUGGAUUAUGGUCCAAAAGGAGCAUGUCUAUGAAUGGGAUACUUAUACAAUCAGACAAUUCUGAUAUGGACAGUGGAAAAGCAACAUUUUCAAGCUCUGAGUGGAUAUUAGAAAGCACUGUGUAAUAAGUUCCUUUAUUUUUAAAAAGGGUAAAUUCUCAUUAAUUCCAAGCACUGUCCUUGAAAAUUAAAAGUAGGAUUCCCAAUCUAAUUGUUUUAAUUUAUGGCUUCUACAAACAGGGUUAUGUAUGAGCCACCAACUGCACCUUCUUGUUCACAUUAAAAGGUGUAAAAUAACCACAUACAGAUGAAUUAUGAAUAUGGAGAUACAAAAUUCUUAAAACUGCACCAGUGCCUUCCCUUCCUAUAGGACUGGCUUCCUGGUUCUGCUUCACCAGAAGCAUGAGACUUAAUUCACAAAAAAAGCCUUUCAUAUGGGAAAUAAAAUUUCCUUCAAGCUUACAAAUCACACAAAAAGACCAAUUAUGGAAGAAUUAGUAAAAUAUUUUUUAAAUGACCAGACUGUAUUUAUUUUUGAGUGAUAAUGGUGUUGCCUUUAUUUUUAGGCAAAUGAUGUACAGAACAACUUAUGUGUUGUUAUGUUGUGUAAAAUAAAAUAUUCAAUAUCUAUACCAA